CAAACAUGGCAGCCCAGUAGUGUACAUCACAUUUUGCGAAGGUUGCAGUCAAUUUAACAGGAUGUUAAUGAAGAUAUAGUAAAUAUGCUCAGCUUGACAAUAAAAGAGGUGUCCUUGGCACUCAGAGAAGGAAGGAUCUCCCCGACAGAGCUCUGCAGGAAAUGUCUGAACCGUGUCAAGAAAACACAUCAUCUCAAUGCUUACAUUACAGUGACAGAAGAUCUGGCACUGAAACAGGCUCAAGAAGCAGAAACCAGACUCCUGCAAGGCACUCCCAGGGGUUUAUUAGAUGGAAUCCCUUUUGCCGUCAAGGACAACUUCUGUACUGAAAAUGUCAAAACCACAUGUGCUUCCAGGAUGCUCAAAGACUACAUUCCACCAUUUAAUGCCACAGUGGUCCAAAAGCUCCUUGACCAAGGAGCAGUUCUCAUCGGGAAGACCAACAUGGAUGAGUUUGCCAUGGGUUCAGGAAGCACUGAUGGGGCUUUUGGUCCAGUGAGGAACCCCUGGAGCUAUGCUGCUCCUUACAGAGAACAGAAGGGGGUGGAGCCACAGUCUGACUGGGUCAUCAGUGGAGGAAGUUCAGGUGGAAGUGCUGUGGCUGUGGCUUCACUCACAAGCUACUUGGCUCUGGGUUCAGACACAGGAGGAUCUACACGUAACCCAGGAUCCCUGUGUGGUGUUGUAGCCCUGAAGCCCACCUAUGGUCUACUGUCCAGACAUGGCCUUAUCCCCCUUGUGAACUCCAUGGAUGUCCCAGGCAUCAUGACCCGUAGUGUUAAUGAUGCAGCUGUUGUUUUAGGUGUCCUUCAGGGCCUUGAUGUGAAAGAUUCAACCACAAUUCCUGCCCCCCCAUCCUUUACAGAACUACCUGAAGACUUUGAUGUCAGGAACAUCUGUGUAGGCAUCCCUAAGGAGUACCAUGCCCCGGGGCUGUCUGACGAGACUGUAGCGCAGUGGAGUCGUGUUGCUGACAUGUUUGAGCGAGCGGGGGCGCGGGUGGAGCAGGUGUCUCUCCCCCACACCCAGCACUCCAUUGUGUGUUACCACGUCCUGUGCUGCGCUGAGGUGGCUUCUAACAUGGCACGCUUUGACGGCCUGGAAUACGGCCACCGCAGUGAGGUGGAUAGUUCCACUGAAGCCAUGUAUGCCUCAACCAGACAUGAGGGCUUCAAUGAUGUGGUGAGAGGGAGGAUACUGUCUGGAAACUACUUCCUGCUUAAACAGAACUAUGAGCACUACUUUUUAAAGGCCCAGAGAGUUCGUCGGCUGAUCACAGAUGAUUUCAGACGUGUUUUCCGCUCAGGCGUGGAUGUGCUGCUGACGCCUGCCACGCUGACCGAUGCCACGUGUUACUCUGACUUCACACAGGAAGACAACCGAACACGCAGCACGCAGGAGGACGUCUUUACCCAGCCUGUCAACAUGGCAGGUCUCCCUGCUGUUUCCGUGCCAACCUCUUUAUCAAGACGAGGCCUUCCUAUUGGCCUACAGCUCAUAGGUCCAGCCCUUCAAGACAACAAACUGCUAAGUGUUGCCCGGUGGAUUGAGCAGAGGGUUGGGUUUCCCUCCAUCAGUGACUUUGGAGAAUCCAGUGAACCAACCAAAAGGGAGCAGACUUCAGCUGUAUGAUCCUGAUAUGGGUGUAAAUGCUGUAUAAGUUAUUAAUCUCAGGCUCAAAUAAUGGACUCAUGGUGCAUACAUCCUGGACAAUUCAUUGCAAAAUGCCAACAGUCAUUAUUUAAAAACAUGCAUAAUAUGUCAUUUGCUGGGACAGGAUGCUGCUGUUUUUAGAAAAAACAUGCUCCAAUUCAAUAAAAGGAAAAUGGAUACAUUGAA